CCAUGGUAUUGCAACUUACAAGGUUUGAGGACAAAUAAGAAGCAUAAAAAACAAGAGCAGAGACUAAUCAACAAUAUUCAUUGUAUCAUACCAUAUAUGUUUAGUUUUGCAAAUAUGUGUCUCUUAUCUCCUAGUGACUUGCAGCGGAUUUUUCAGAACCUGGACGUGAAUGGUGACGGAUUCGUGACCCUUGAGGAGCUAAAUUGGCUUCUCCAGAAGACAAUUAACAUCCCCCAAUUCGGGUUGGAAGAGCUCGAAUCGAUUGUGGAGAAGAAUCGCCUCGACUUCAGCGAGUUUUUGUUCUUCUACAACUCCAUAUCGAAGCAGAACAAUGGAGAAAACAGAGGAGGUGAUGAUGAUGACCACGACGAUGACGAUGACAAAGACGAUGAAGUUUUGGAGAGCGAUCUUGUGAAGACGUUCAAGGUGUUUGACUUGGAUGGAGAUGGAUUCAUCACGAGCCAAGAGCUGGAGUGCGUUUUGAAGAGGCUUGGGUUGUGGAACCAAACGAGUUGCAAGGAUUGCAGGAGCAUGAUUCGGUUCUAUGAUACCAAUUUGGAUGGAAGGCUUGAUUUCCAGGAAUUUAAGAACAUGAUGCUGCUUACCACUGCCUGAUUUUAAUUCCUUCAAAUUAGCUUUUCUUGUAAGAUGUAUUAUUAUUUUUACGAACCGAUUAUGUCAUCAACAUGUGUGCAUAUUUAAUGACAUUAUAACCAAUCAUACUCUGCUCAA